GUUUUCCCCACGGUUUCUUCCUCCAUUUAGGCUAGAGGGAUUACUUAACACCAGUGCCCUAGUUCAGAAACCAUAGAACAAUCUGCUUUACCUUGGAAAAUACUUGCACAGGUUCAAAACUGUCAUAGCAAACUCCUUUCCGGGUCAACGACUGCUCACUUGCUCUGUUGUCAACAAAGGACAACUCUCUACCCUCUCUUGCUGCACAUAAUAAAUAAAAAGUUUAUAGGUGCUGGUCCCUGUGCUACAAAUUAAAGGUUUAUUUGCUUUAGUGAUGUUCCCCAAGUCAUUAAUUCCUCAGCUCGAUCAAUUAGUGUUAAGGCAAGAUGUCAAGGUUAGGACACUUGGAAUUGCAUCAUGCAAGACUUGAUUUUCUCUUUUCCUUGGAUAACAAUUCGUUUCAUAAUUGUUCUUAAAGCUUGAAGUAAAUCAAAAUCUAACCCACUCAACUCCUUUAACUGUUUUCAUUUCCUAAACCCUAAAUGAGAAGGUGAAAUACAGUUUAUGUCUUUUGGUUUCUUACACUUCAUUUAUAUCUCAGCUACUCACAGUGAACCAGUUUGAUUGCAAACCCGGAGAAGACUCAGGCUUCAGCAAGGUAGUAUUGAUUCAUACAUUUGUAUUUUGUAGUAAUCUCUACCUAUCCCUUGCAUUUUAAUUCAACGACUUUGCUUUGGAAGAUUGAAUCUGCACCGCUCGUAACCAUUAAUAUUUCAUUACUCUCUUUAAAGUAUUUUCAAAUUUAAGUUAUCAAGUCAAAUUUUUCAAAACUCGUGAAUUUUACUAUUUUUUUCAAAUUACUUUCAUUAUUAUUUAUGAUGAUAUAAUUAUUAUUAAUAGCUCAACUCCUAUGAAUGUAUACAAAUGCUUCGAGACUUUUAGCAUUCAUUCUGCACUCAAAGGUGGACACGAAAUUAUUUCCUCAGAUUUUCUUUCAGCAACAAAACACAAAUCUUUGUUUUCUCACUAACUUUUUACCACUUUUUUCCAAAUUGAUUUCAGAUAAUCACCUUUUAAAGUUUAAUGUUUGAUUCAUCUAUUAAUUCUCAUGAAGAUCAAAUGAAAUCUAUUUAUUUCAAUGUCACCUUAUAAAUAUGGAUAGAUUUUGACACUUAAAUGUUUGUGACAAAAAAAAAAUUUAAUAUUUUGAAUUGAAACUUAUAUUAUAUGAAUAUUUACCUAACAUUGAGAUGAUUUAUUUUGGUUAUUUUUAAUAAUGAUUCGAUGAAAUGAUGGGAUUUGAAAUGUUUUUAAAAAAUUUAAAAUUGAAGAAUUAAAAUUUAAAAAUUAUGAAUAAAAAUAAAACAUUGUCGGGCUAAUGGGUCAGUCCAGGACAAAGGUCCUAGUCUCUGCGUCUCAAUUUCUCAUUGUAUAUUUAUGGACUCUAUAAAGUAAUGGGUGCAGCAGCACUAGGUGUCUAUGUGAAACCACACUGGCGCUUUUCUUCGGUUUGUUUCUGUAGCCACUUUCCAAGGCAAAACUGAGCAAGAACUUAGCUCAAAUCCCCUCUUUUCUGCAACUCUCGUCCUCUCCAUGGCAGUUCCUCCUGCACAAGCCCAAGAAACUGCAACAGCCCAGACCAAUAUUCCCCUUUUAGAACCAUCAACCCAGCUAGAAGAAGACCGAGACGACACCCAACUUUCCAGUUCCCUCCACCGUUUAGAGACCUUUCUCAGGCUCUUGGGCUUCUGCCAAUAUUCCGUCUUCAGCUUCUCUAUAUCCUGGUUCUUGUUCCUGCUUCUCGGUAUUACUCUUCCACUUCUCAUCAUUUUGCUCUCUUAUUGUUCCGGUUGUUACAAGUACGAGAUCAAGAGUUUUGAGCUUGAGAUUCUCGUAUCUCAGUUUCUCGUCUCUGCCAUUUCUCUUUUCUGCAUCUCUCGCAAUCUGCGCAAAUAUGGGAUAAGGAAGUUCCUGUUUGUGGAUAGGUAUCAUGGUCACGUGGAGCAGUUUCGUGGGGAAUAUGCGAAGAAGAUAGAUGAUUUCUUCCGUUUGUUGGCGGUGUGGAUAUUACCAUGUUUCAUUGUAAAGGCUGCUCGAGAAGUCACUCGGGUUGUCUAUGCCUAUCACGAUUCAUGGUGGAGAUCAGUCGUAAUGCUAACUGUUUUGCUCGUAUCCUGGAUUUAUUCAACUGUCAUCUAUUUAUCAGGCAGUGGCUUGUUCAAUUUGGUGUGUAAUUUGCAAGUGAUACACUUUGAGAAUUAUGGGAAGCUUCUUGAAAGGGACUCCGAUGUCUCUGUUUAUAUGGAGGAACACAUACGUUUGACGCAUUAUUUAUCCAAGAUAAGCCACAGGUUUCGAAUAUUUCUCCUCCUAGAAUUCCUGGUUGUGACGGCUAGUCAGGUUGUAGCUCUGUUGGAAACCACAGGGAACCGUGGAAUCAUCAAUUUCAUCAAUGGUGGUGAUUUUGCAGUAAGUGGGGUCAUCUCCAUCGUUGAGCUUAUCGGAAUAAUAAUCUGCCUGCACGCAGCUGCAAAAAUCUCACAUAGAGCCCAAGGUCUAGCUUCAGUUGCUAGCCGAUGGCAUGCUUUAGUUACAUGCAACUCUAAUGACACCUCUCAAUCGGUUUUAAUUAGUAAUGAUGAUGGAGGCUUGGAAGGAGCCCCUCUACCAGUCCCAAUGCCGAUAAGUUACUCAGAAACUGAUUUGGAGGCAGUUGAUUACGUGCCUGUUCCAACCAAUACUCAAAUGGCUUCAUAUAUGUCCUCGUAUCACAAGCGACAAGCUUUUGUCAUGUACUUGCAGUUCAACCCAGGAGGAGCCACAGUUUACGGAUGGAAAAUUGAUCGGGCACUUAUCAGUACCAUAUUUUUCAUAGAGCUUUCACUUGUUCUUUUUGUGCUUGGGAAAACUAUAACUUUCACUACCAGCUGAGACACUUGUUAAUUUUCCUUUGUAUAAAAUCACUCUCAUUAACAUCUUCCUUGUAAUUUUGAAACCCCUUAUUUCAGCACUUUUUACUUCAGGGAAAAAUGGAGGGGGAUUUGGAAAUUGGAAUUUCUAUUGCCAGGUGCCCCCGUGGAUGCCAAAACAAAUACUGUUAAUUACUUUAAAGAGUUAACUACAUCAUCAUCUACCUCCAUCAGUUGAAUCUAAUUCUAGUGCUAUGCUCAUCCUAUAAUUCAUCUCGUGAGAAUAGAGCCAACAAUCAUUAACAUUCAAAUCAAACAAGACUUUGUAAUAAUUUUAUUAUUAGAUUCAAAAGUCGCAGUCCAAAACUAGAAAGGAAGAAGAUGAUCCUUUAUUUAAACCAUGCUUAACGACAACAUAUACUGAUAGCCGAAUUCGGACCCCAACUGUUGAACCAUCUUCAGCAACAGCCAAGUUUGGGUAUGAUGACGUCCUCUUGUAACCGACUACAGUUUUUCAGUUAUAUGGUAUCUUGCAGAAACUCAAGAAAGUAAAAAUUGGUUAAGCACCCAUUCAUGACAAAGACAAUACAACAAAAUUAAUAAAAACAAAGGCCAAAGGAAAAGAAAUAGAACAAGCCUUCUGUUAUCUUUUCUCCAGUACUGACAUCUGCCUGUUAUUCACAGCCUUCCCUGUGUCAUCAUCCCCGCCUUGUACCAUUACCAUCCAAAAUAUAAUUGAGGGAAAUAUAACAUACAAAUCAUAAACCAGCAAAAUCCAUUUUGAUAACAUCAAGUACAAUAUAUCAAUGUCAGUCAUUAUUAUUUAAUUGACAGGCAACAUCAACUCUUAGACUGACAAUUGGUAAUCAUUAAGGAAGAGGUCACCAAAGUACGACAAGAUUAAUGCAAUUAUUAUACCAACUACGCAUAUGGCAUCUGACUUGCACACUAAAUGAUUAUGUAAAACAUAUACACGCUUCCAAACCUCCUGCACUGCUGCAAACACUUUAAAACAGAGAAGAAAAGAAAGAUACAAAAAUCUCAACAGUUAAAAGAUCAACUAAUUCAUUCAAAAGCAAUGUGGCCUACAUCUGUGUUGUUUUUGGAAACUACAACCACAAUCUACAUCUCUGUGUUUUACAAGUUACAACCGUAUUCUCAGCAAGAUUACUUAAGAGUUUCCAUAAAUUACACUUAAUUCACAUUCAUAAGUUCACUUCAGAACAUAUAUUGUGUACCAAAUAGUGGGGCUCCUCCAUUACCUAAUAUGGUAAAAUCACCAUGUACAAAACAGGAAACUUAUUUUUGAAGGCACAACACAAAUAUCAUGAAAAGUACCUUGAGUGUGCAAAACUUACUGCCCAUGAGCAGGAAAGACCAAUGCUGUUCCCUUCCAAACAUCAGUAGACUCUUGCAAGCAAUGUGAAGAAAAUUGAAGGAAACAACGUGAGCAGUAGUUUUAGAAAUAGCAAAACAAAAAUUCAAAUAUAGUCAAGAAUAUUUGCACAAGAAUUGCAAUCUGUUACAAUAUCAAGGAAGUGGGAAAAAGAAAGAUCUAAGAAAAGUUAAGGUCAAUAAGCUGCACCUUCAUAUUCAAUCGCAGCUAAGGACCAUUACAAUUCAUCACAAAAUCAUCCAAACUAAGAACUGGAUCCUGUAAUUCAACUUCCUCAAGAUAUUAAUCUCAGCAGGAAUGUCAUAUAUUGGCCUGCCAAAGGACAAUAUCAGUUUCUCACAAUAUUUUGCUACCGAAACAUUCAACUGCUACACCUCACCUCUAGCCAAUCAUCUGCUUAAGAUACACUAGCAUGAUAAAUAGCACAGUGGCUGUAUGCACAAUCUGCCUGCCCGUAACACAACCAAUAGAUAAAAAAAA